AUGGCUCGUAGAAACACACGUUUAAAUCCUGGAAAUGCUGAAGGUGACAACAACAAUGUUGAUAAUGACAUGCAUAGAGCUAUCCAAGACAUGGCGAACAUGGCGGCUUCCAUUGCACAACAAACUGCUGCGAAGACUCAAAGAGACCUUCGAAAACAACAGAGGGAGGAACAAGCUGUUGAGUCCAAAGGAUUGGUGGAUUUUAGACGUCACGAUCCUCCACAAUUUCAGGGAGACCCGGAGCCGGAGAAAGCUGACUUAUGGCUUCAGGAAAUCGAGAAAAUAUUUGAUGUACUGAAGCGUCUUGAUGGAUUAAAGGUGACCUAUGCAACUUACUUGUUGCUUGGAGAUGCAGAAUAUUGGUGGAAGGGAGCCCGACAAAUAGUUGAAGCUAAUAACCAAGAAGUCACAUGGGAGAUAUUUCGUACUAAGUUUCUUGAUAAAUAUUUUCCUAGGAGUGUAAGGACUGCAAAGGAACAAGAAUUUCUAAACUUGAAACAAGGAGGAAUGACAAUUCGGGAAUAUGCGGCAAAGUUUGAGUCGCUGGCAAAAAAGAUAAAAGCAAUGAAGGAAAGUGCAACCAAUCGAGUGAAUGUAGGAGGACCAUCUAGGUCUAAGUAUCCAACUCAAGGAGGGAACCAGAAGGGAAAGCACCAAUACAAAAAGCCUUAUUCUCGACCCUCGGGGAAUAAUCAGAAUCAACGACCAUAUCGUCCAAUUACAUCUGCACUUGGAAAUGGAGCAAACAGGAACCCGAAUCAGGAAUUCACUAGAAGAUGCUUCAAAUGCGGAAAACCAUACCAUUUGGCUAAUUCUUGUCAGAUUUUCAUGAAUAUCUCUUGA